AUGAAGAAGUUCUAUAGAGAUAAAAUAAAAUUAAUGUAUACUGAUACGAAUUCUUUGAUAUAUCAUGUUCAGACGAAGAUUUUAUAUGGAUUUGGCUGCUACCCUAGCUUGUUGGACCGGAUGGACACUGCUAACCUGCCCAGUGACCAUCCGUGUUAUGUGGCAGAUAGGAAGAAGAGGCCAGGAUUCUUUUCCGAUGAAGUCUAUGGUAAUGUGAUUACCGAGUUCUGUGCGUUGAGGGCAAAGUCCUACGAUUUUAAUGUGUAUGCUGGAGCAGAGGACAUAGUUGGUGGUGAAAAGAUCAAGGCGAAGGGUAUCAGAGCUCAUGUUGUUAAGAACCACAUGACGAUGGAAGACCAUAGGAAGUGUUUGUUUGGUGAAGCUGGAGUGGAGGCAUACAAGGAGAAUGUAUCAAUACGGUCAUUCAACCACCAGCUAGUAACGAUGAAGACCAGGAAGUUGACUUAUAAUAGUUACGAUGACAAGAGGGUGGUGUUGGAAGACAAAAUAAACACACUGGCCCAUGGCCAUUAUAGCAUAGAGUAA